AUGCAAAAAUUCCAGAAAUCGUCUUGUCACAGUAGAGAUACAUGCGCUGCGAUCGCUCACGAGUAUCACUGGGGCAAAAACUCCGCCAAAAUUUCCAAUGUGGAGCUAAAGCUGAAGCAGCUUGUGGCAAAAACUCUUGGCUCCCGUCCCGUCACCCGAGUCUCGUACGGAAGCCUGCUCCAGGCGUGCGGUGAGGCAAAGAUCCUGGCGUACGGAAGGGUUGUCCACGAGCACAUGUCCGCCGCCAACAUGGACACCGGCAGCAUAUUCCUGGGGAAUCAUCUCGUGCAAAUGUACGGGAGGUGCGGCAGCGUGGACGAGGCCGCCGCUGCGUUCGAGAGAAUGGGCAGGAGGAACGUUGUCUCGUGGAGUUUCGUCAUCGCGGCAUUUACCCAGAACGGGCAUCACGGCCGAGCAAUGCGAUUCUUCCAAAGGAUGCUCCAGGAUGGAUUCGAAGUGGACAGGAUUCUGAUUGUCACGGCGCUUGGGUCGUGCAUGGAUCUGAAAACCGGGAGAGAGAUUCACGAGCUCGCCCUCGAGUGUGGAUAUGGAAACGAGACGGUCGUGUGUACGGCGCUGCUGGGCAUGUACAGCCGGUGCGAGAGCCUGGGCGACGUCGAGACAGUGUUUCUUGGGCUCCAAGAGAAGGAUGUUGUGUCCUGGAACGCGAUGAUCACGGCCUUUGUAGAACUCGGCAAGAAACAAUCUGGAGUGAGCACAAAGGUGGUUUGGAUGUUUCGAAGAAUGCUGCUGGAAGGGAUGAAGCCGAGCCGGGUGACAUUCAUAUCCACUCUUGGAGCCGUGGAGAGCAAGGAAGAAUGUGUGUGGCUUCAUGAAAUUAUCCGACAGAGCGGGCAAGAGCACGACGAGUUUGUGGCAAACUCUCUCGUUACUGCGUAUGGCAAGAAGAACAGCAUUGUAAAUGCUCGACAAGCGUUUGAUGCUGCUUCAGAUGCCUGUGUUGGAACAUGGAAUGCUAUGAUCGCGGCAUAUGCCCAUUGUGGGGACUUUGGAAAAGCUUUGGAGACCUUUAUGUCUAUGCUGGAAAGUACCACUAAGCCAGAUCAGAUCAGUUUUGUGAAUGUCCUGGAGGCGAUCACUGGGCCAGAACUUUUAAAAGAUGGCGAGUUUAUACACAAUAGUGUUGUAGAAAACGGGUUUGAGAAGGAUGGGAUAAUUGGCAGUGCUUUGCUUGGCAUGUACUCGAGGUGUGAGAACUUAGAGAAAGCUGAGGAGGUUUUUGCCAAGAUUGGACGGCCUUAUCACAGUGUCGUCGCAUGGAACUCCAUGCUUGCAACUUACACAGCGUUUGGGCGAUGCAAAGAAGCCAUCAAACUUUUCAUGGACAUGCAGCAAGACGGAAGCAAAGCUACCGAGGCAACGUUUGCAACGCUUCUCACUGCCUGCGCGGGCGCCUCCACUCUAGCUCAAGGCAAAAUGGUGGUUUCGUGGAUCAACGAAUGGCUUAUGAGCCACACAAUCAGUGCCUGUAGCUAUCUCGUAAUCCAGAAUGCGACGAUCAACAUGUAUGCAAAGUGUGGGAGCCUCGACCUCGCGCUCCAAACCUUCAAUUCGAUGCAUCAGAGAGAUGUUACAUCGUGGAACUCCGUUUUGGGAACGCUUGCACGGCAUGGCGUAGGCAAGGAAGCAGUCAUCUUUCUCAAGAGGAUGCACUUGGAAGGUGUGAGACCGGAUGAUAUCACGUACACUCUCGUUCUCACUGCUUGCAGCCACCAUGGGCUCUUCAAAGAUGGCCGAAAGUGUUACGAGUUUAUGACCAAAGUUCAUGGCUUGGAACCCACGCUUGUGCACUAUGGCUGCAUGGUUGAUCUUCUGGGACGCGGAGGCUGGCUGGACGAAGCUGAGGAUCUGAUAAGAGAAAUGCCAAUGCCAGCGGAUUCAACAGUGUGGAUGGCGUUGCUUGGGGCAUCAAGAAUGCAUGGCGAUCUUGCCCGCGCAAAGCUGGCAAUGAAGCAUGUCUGUGAGCUUGAGCCUGAUAAUCCAUCACCUUACCUUCUCAUGUCAAAUAUCUCUUAG